AGAAACGGACCAUGAGUAUCGCACACGGAGUCAGGAAACUCGGUGUUAUUGGGGCAGGCCAAAUGGGCCUGGGGACUGCCUUCGUGUCGGCAGUUCACGCGAAGGUCCCCGUACUGCUACAUGACCGGUCUGCUGCGCAGGUCAAAUCAGGUCUUUCUCUCAUGGACAAACUGCUCGCAAAGGACGUCGCGAAGGGCAAACUGUCGCAGGAGGCAGCCAAGGAAGCUCGCGACCGCCUGACGGUUGUAGAUGAGCUGAAGAGUUUUAGGGACGCGGACAUGGUGGUUGAGGCUGUCUCAGAAAACCUCGCGCUCAAGCAAGGCAUCUUCCGCUCAUUAUCGGCGGAAUUGUCUCCCAAGACCAUCCUCGCGUCCAAUACAUCGUCAAUCAGUAUUACGAAGAUUGCGGCAUCGACAAUCCCGGAAGGGAAGACCGCAUCCGACCCCGAAGGCCAGGAAAGCACGUCGAGAGUCGUCGGCUUACAUUUCUUUAACCCUGUGCCCGUCAUGAAACUCGUGGAGCUGAUUGCUGCGGUUCAAACCUCGCCAGAGACACUUGACCGUGCCCGCGCUUUCGCGACUGCCUGCGGAAAGGAGGUCACUUCUUCACAGGACGUACCAGGAUUCGUGGCAAACGCACUGCUCAUGCCAUUCAUUAAUGAAGCAAUCAUGUGUCUUGAGAAGGGAAUUGCCACCCGGGACGACAUCGACAAGACAUUGAAGCUGGGCAUGAAUCACCCAAUGGGCCCGCUGCAGCUAGCUGACUUCAUUGGGCUGGACACGUGCCUCGCAAUCCAACAGACGCUCUACGCGGGAACGAGCGACUCGAAGUACCGCCCAAGCGUGCUGCUUGAGCGCAUGGUGGACGCGCAGUGGCUGGGGAAGAAGAGCGGCAAGGGUUUCUACGACUAUUCGAGCCAGUGAGGAGCCUCUGCUCUUCGCCGUAAUGAUGAGCGUCGUUCUUCCUCGG